AUGAAGAUGAGUUCCAUCCGGGCAAGAAUUCAAAAGGGAUUCGCGGGCCUCUGCUCCAAAACGAGCAACACUGGGAGCCCUCACCGACCCUUUCUGAGCAUACGGCCGGAACCGACAUCAGCUUGGGAAGAUGUGGUUGCCUCGCAUUCGCAACUUCCCGUUCGGAAGGCAGAACACGAGCAGCCCCUCUGCAUGCAGGCUACCAAGGAUCUCUCGAGAGAUCAGCUCGGGAACUCUCAGGGGGACACCUGGAGUGAUAUUGAUGUGCAACUUCCCGGCCGGUUUUCUGAAGAGGAGGAUUCACAGAAUUGCGCCCCAAGGGUGCGCGUGCGCUGCUUGCAGGAUGAAGAGUUCGAGGCCGUGCGGAUACGGGCCAUGCGGCUUCUGGCUUCUGACUCAGCUUCGUCCGCGUGA